AUGGGUACCUUCAUUGCUAAGAUGCUGCUGCCCACCAUCAGCAGUCUGGUAUUCCUGCCCACCGCUAGUGUGGCCGCCAAAAGAGGUUUCCAUAUGGAAGCAAUGGUCUACUUUUUCACCAUGUUUUUCACAGCGAUCUACCAUGCAUGCGAUGGCCCAGGAUUGUCCAUCCUGUGUUUCAUGAAGUACGAGAUUCUGGAGUACUUCAGUGUCUACGGCACCGCUAUCUCGAUGUGGGUCACCCUCUUAGCUCUAGGAGACUUUGACGAGCCCAAGCGAUCCUCAUUGACCAUGUUCGGUGUUUUGACCGCUGCUGUGAGGAUCUACCAGGACCGCUGGGGAUAUGGAAUCUACUCAGGACCCAUUGGGACCGCCAUCCUGAUGAUUACUGUAAAAUGGCUGCAGAAGAUGAAGGAGAAGAAGGGGCUAUACCCGGAGAAAAGUGUCUACACGCAGCAGGUGGGCCCAGGCUGCUGUUUCGGUGCCCUUGCUUUGAUGCUGCGCUUCUACUUUGAGGAGUGGGACUAUGCCUACGUCCACAGCUUCUACCACCUUUCUCUGGCUGUGUCAUUUGUGCUCUUGCUGCCUAAGGCCAACCGACUGGGAGGAACGGGUCGCAAUGCAGCCAAACUCAACUGCUACACCCUUUGUUGCUGUGUAUGA